GAAAAACAAGACAGAGGAGAAACUGCUUUUGUUCAGUACCAAGCUCAUUGCUAAUCUUACUGAAAGCUUCCUGUGUCAGCACUAUGGGGAAGUCAGCCUCAAAGCAGUUUGCUGAGGAGGUGCUGCAGUGCCAUAAUGAGUACAGAAAGAAGCACCAGUCUCCUCCACUGAAGCUGAACAGCAAGUUGAGCAGAGAGGCUGCCCGUUAUGCUGAAAGUUUGGCCAGCACACGGAUCCUAAAACACAGUGUGGAGUCCAGUAGAGGGAGCUGUGGUGAGAACCUGGCCUGGGCCUCUUAUGACCAAUCAGGAAAGGAUGUUGCUGACCGCUGGUAUGAUGAAGUGAAACAAUACAACUUCAACCGUCCUGGAUUCUCCUCUGGCACUGGCCAUUUCACCGCAAUGGUGUGGAAGAGCACUAAAAAGCUGGGUGUUGGUAAGGCCACUGCAUCAGACGGCUCUUCCUUUGUGGUGGCAAGGUACUUUCCAGCUGGAAAUAUCACUAACCAGGGACACUUUGAGAACAAUGUCCUCCCACCAUAAACCACCACAUCCACCUCCUAAAGAUGUCUAGGCCCCCCCAAGACUUGACUCAAACCAAGAGGAAUUUAUUCUGUUUUCUAGGAAAGCUAUCAGCCUUCUACGGAAAAUACUCAGGGGAGCACCACUUCUUGCCUAGUAGAGAACCAUAGUGUUAUCCUCUCUGGAAUUUAAAAGACAAAAUGCACUCUGGCUUGGAGGAUAGGUUCACAAUUUUUCAAGUCUGUCUUAAAACAAUAGUCUGGUGCCCCUAUGCACAUUGAAAAUAUUUAGCUCACUGUAUUCACUCAUCUUGUUCAUACUGACCAUUAGAAGAUCUCCUUCACAUGCACUUACACUGUAAAGUGAUGUGGAACAAAGUCCA